GGCUCUGUGCUAGGGACAGUGGGGGACACGCACAAAGAGGUGUAAAUAGGAGCUCGCAGUCUAACGGAGGAGGUACCAAUGUACGGAGGGGGAGAUCGACAGGAUCCAGGGCAGGUUGGGGAUCUCGGAGGUCGGGGACGGCUGGGGAAGCCCGCGAACGCGUCCUGGGGAAGGAGGGCUCCGAAGGGGCUCCCGCGCUCCGGAGACCACCCCGACAGGCCCAGAUCCCAGCCCCGUUUUAAAAUCCUCUAUCCCGCGGAAGGUGGGUCGGACGAGCGUUUUCCCGAGCCCCAGGUUAGGAGGAGCCGGAGCCGGCGUUCGUCAGAGGAUGCGCCCGUCCAGGAACCCUCGGGGCUUCCCCUUCUCCGGGGCCGGCUUUCGGUUGCGUGUUCUCCCCCUCCCCCGGGCCUCGCCUGCCCCUCCCCCUCCCCACAGUCCUGCCCCUUUAAAGACAUUCCUGAGGGAGUGGCUUCGGUGACAUCAGCGCGAGGCAUGAAUGAACAGGAGCCCAGUUCUCACCAAACUUCCAUUAAGGACUUGUGGGCAGGAGGGAGCAGUCGGGUGGCAGCAGCCCGAGCAGGAGCCGGGAGCCGGAGCGGGGCCGGGGCCGGGGCCGGGGCGGCCGGGGGAGCGAUCGGUCCGAAGCGAGCGCGGGAGCCGGGAAAGGCACAAGACAACCCCGGAGCCGGCGGGACGAUGAAGCAAGCAGCCACCAAACUGCGGGGACCCCGGGCGCCCCUGGUCGCUCUCUCCUUCUUCCUGGGCUACAUGCUGGCUGCAGCGCGGGGCAAAGAAGUGGUACUGUUGGAUUUUGCUGCGGCUAAAGGCGAAUUAGGCUGGCUGACGCACCCUUACAACAAAGGUUGGGACCUGAUGCAGUACAACCAGCCCAUCUACAUGCUCUGUGGCGUGGGCGGGGACCGGACAAUGGCUGCGCCCAACUGGAUCUACCGGGGGGAAGGCUUCAUUGAGCUCAAGUUCACCGUGCGGGACUGUAACAGCUUCCCAGGGGGGGCCAGCUCCUGCAAGGAGACCUUCAACCUGUACUACGCCGAGUCCGACGUGGAUUACGGCACCAACUUCCAGAAGCGCCAGUUCAAGAAGAUCGAUACCAUCGCCCCGGAUGAAAUCACGGUCAGCAGUGACUUUGAGAACCGCAACGUGAAGCUCAACGUGGAGGAGCGCUCGGUGGGGCCCCUGACGCAGAAGGGCUUCUACCUGGCCUUCCAGGACAUCGGGGCCUGCGUGGCCCUCCUCUCCGUGCGCAUCUACUAUAAGAAAUGCCCCGAGAUGCUGCAGAACCUGGCCCGCUUCCCGGAGACCAUCGCCGGCUCCGAUUCGGCCAACCUUGCCAAGGUCGGGGCACCUGGGGAGGCCGCGGUGGUAGGCGGCAAACCCCCAUCACUCCGGAUGGGGGUGGGCUGGUCCCCGGGCAGUCAUGCGGGCCUUAAAAAUGAAAUCCCCGGCCUGGCCCAAGCUGCCAUCUUUGCCAAUGUGCUAAAAACACUUCUCCAGCUCCAGCGGUUUUCUCCCAUAGCCUGUUCUCCUGGCUCCUUCAAGCCCGAUGCUUCAGACAGCUCCUGCAGCCAGUGCCCCCUGCACACUCUGCCUUCCUCUGAGGGGGCCAUAAUCUGUGAGUGUGAAGAGGGCUUUUUCCGAGCAGCAGAGGACCCUCCAUCCAGCCCCUGUACCCGUCCUCCCUCUGCCCCUCACCACCUCACCGUGAUUGGCUUGGGGGCCAAGGUGGAACUUCGUUGGAAGCCCCCCCAGGACACCGGGGGUCGGGAGGACAUCACCUACAGUGUCACGUGUGAACAGUGCUGGCCCGAGACCGGGGAGUGCCAGCCCUGUGAGCCCACCGUGCGCUACUCCCAGCCCCCCCAUGGGCUCUCCGGCAACAGCCUGGUGGUCAGUGACCUGGAGCCCCACAUUAACUACACCUUUGCCGUGGAGGCCCGCAAUGGCGUCUCUGGCCUCGUGACCAGCCGGAGCUUCCGGACAGCCAGCGUCAGCAUCAAUCAGACGGAGCCCCCCAAGGUGAAGCUGGACAGCCGGACCACAACCUCCCUCAGUGUGUCCUGGAGCAUCCCUCUGAGGCAGCAGAGCCGGGUCUGGAAGUAUGAGGUCACCUACCACAAGAAGAAAGACACCAACAGCUACAAUGUCCGCCGGACAGAGGACUUCUCUAUCACCCUGGAUGACCUGGUGCCGGGGACCACCUACCUGGUCCAGGUCCAGGCCCUGACCCAGGAGGGCCAGGGGGCAGGCAGCCGAGUCCAUGAGUUCCAGACCCUCUCUACUGAAAGUUCGAGCAAUAUGGCAGUGAUCGGGGGCAUACUGGGUGGCCUAAUCUUGCUCCUGGCUUUGGCCCUGGCUGGACUUUUCGUUCACCGAAGGAGGAGGAACUUGAGAGCCCGGCAGUCAUCCGAGGACGUGUACUUUUCCAAAUCGGAACAACUAAAACCCCUGAAAACCUAUGUGGACCCCCACACCUAUGAGGACCCCAACCAGGCCGUGCUGAAAUUCACCACAGAGAUCCACCCCUCCUGUGUCACUCGGCAGAAAGUCAUCGGUGCAGGCGAAUUUGGGGAGGUUUUUAAGGGGUCGCUGAAGGCUUCAGGGAAGAAGGAAGUCCCUGUGGCCAUCAAGACCCUCAAGGCGGGCUACACAGAGAAGCAGCGUGUGGACUUCCUGAGCGAAGCCAGCAUCAUGGGCCAGUUUAACCACCACAACAUUAUCCAUCUGGAGGGGGUGGUCUCCAAAUAUAAGCCCAUGAUGAUCAUAACCGAAUACAUGGAGAACGGCGCCCUGGACAAAUUCCUGCGGGAGAAGGAUGGAGAGUUCUGUGUGAUCCAGCUGGUGGGCAUGCUACGGGGCAUCGCGUCGGGCAUGAAGUACCUCGCCAGCAUGAACUACGUGCACCGCGACCUGGCCGCCCGCAACAUCCUCGUCAACAGCCAGCUGGUGUGCAAGGUGUCCGACUUCGGGCUCUCCCGGGUCCUGGAGGACGACCCCGAAGCCACCUACACGACCAGUGGAGGGAAGAUCCCCAUCCGAUGGACAGCCCCGGAGGCCAUCUCCUACCGCAAGUUCACCUCCGCCAGCGAUGUGUGGAGCUACGGUAUUGUCAUGUGGGAGGUGAUGAGCUAUGGAGAGAGACCCUACUGGGAGCUGUCCAACCAUGAGGUCAUGAAGGCCAUCAAUGAGGGCUUCAGGCUGCCGGCUCCCAUGGACUGCCCCUCGGCCAUUUACCAGCUAAUGAUGCAGUGCUGGCUGCAGGAGCGGGCACGGAGGCCCAAGUUCCCCGACAUAGUCAGCAUUCUGGACAAACUCAUCCGGGCCCCCGAGUCUCUCAAGACCCUGGCGGACUUUGACCCCAGGGUCUCCAUCCGGCUGCCCAGCACCAGCGGCUCCGAGGGCAUUCCCUUCCGCACCGUGUCUGAGUGGCUCGAGUCCAUCAAGAUGCACCAGUACACAGAGCACUUCGUGUCGUCGGGUUACAACGCCAUCGAAAAGGUGGUGCAGAUGACCAACGACGACAUCAAGAGGAUCGGGGUCCGCCUGCCUGGCCACCAGAAGCGAAUCGCCUACAGCCUCCUGGGUCUUAAGGAGCAGGUGAACGCCGUGGGGAUCCCCAUCUGAGCAGAGCCGCCCGUUGUGGGACAGGAGGAUGGGUCCAGACCGAGAAGAAUGAUGUUCUGCUCCCUUCUCUCCUCCACAGCUGAUGGGACAAAUGGGAAAUACUUGAAGAAACUCAGAAUUAAAACAAACCAUGGCCUCCUCCCUCCCGGAGGAAAACUGGCUGCUAAGUAAGGGGAGGCCAUAGCCAUCGGCCUGGCCCCUGCGUCAUUCUUACCUUGUCCCCAGUGCUCUCUUCCUCAGCUGAAGUCCCUUGUUGAUGCUGCCCCCGGGGCCUCCCCAGCCCUUGCUUGGGGGGAUGUGGUGCCCUUACCCCGGGCCGGACGGCUGCUGGGCUGACAGCCUGGUGAAGCUUCCCUUCACCCCAUAAUCCACGAUGGGCAUCGAGCACUUAACUGUACCUUCCGGGGAAAGAAUUCCCUCGGCUCUUGUGGCAUUUUUCAAACUGCUGGUCCAGGCGGAACCAUCCCCACGGGAAGAGAGAACCCUCUUUAUAAGAGAAAAGAGCCUAAACCAGACUUGAAAAAUUAAAAACCCAGACGACACCAUGGAGACCAGACCUGGGUCUGACGGGCAGAUCACCUUGGGGCCCGAACGGCCCUCGGCUUGUUUCCCCACCAUUUUCCGGAAUUUGGACCAUCCCUUCCCACUCCGCCCUUUCCCAUCCUCCAGCCCAAAGUACUGUUUGGCCGUGGACUCUGAGGGUUUUAUUGGGUUGUAUUUUUAUUUUAUAUAUUUUGUAUUUUGUAGAGAGUGUGUUCGGGUGGGACCCUGCUGGGGGUGAGACAGUGGUGGGAUGGGAGGGGUCCUGUAUCUAACAUUCCUGAGUCUGGGAGGAAACAGCCUGGCCAGCCCGCACAGUCACACAUUAUGAACUUCUGAGGGAGGGUCUUCCUUUUCCUCCCUCUCCGUUUAUUCCGGCCUCCUGCCUCAUUCCUCUCAAUGAUGGUCACUAGUCUGUCAGUGUUAACCUUGGAAAGAUGGUGUUUUAUGGGUUAUUUUUUUGUGACAUUAAUUUAUUAUUUUUUAUAUUUAUUGUUAGAAAUUAAUUAUUUCUACAUCAGAUUAAAGUUGCGAUUGGUUUCCAAAUAUGUCCUGGUUUCCAAA